CUCGAUCACCUCCCUGUAAUAAAAUGGCGUUGUUGCGUGCUGGAGUACGUGCGGUUGGUUUAUCCAGAAAUUUGGCUGUUUUCAGUCAAACACGUGUUAUGUCUACGGGUGAAUUGGGAUCAGGUGUAGGCAAGGGCGGUGGUGGUGGAGGCUCUAUUCGUGAAUCUGGUGGAAGUUUUGGUAAAAGAGAGGCAGCCAAAGAAGAGGAAUAUUUCAGAAAAUUGCAAGCCCAACAGUUAAAGUCUCUGCGAAAGCAACACGACGAAGAAAUUGACUUCCAUGAGGCAGCUAUCAGACGUCAUAAAGAUGCGAUCUCACGACAUAAGAAAAAGAUGCAUCAAAUAGAAGAUGAGGAAGAUGAGAUCCUUGGUGAUAGUGAUAGCGAUAAAGACAGGAAGAAGUAAACAUUAUGGAAGCCUGGAAAUGUGAAUUUGAUGGGUGCCAGUUUCAUGAUGGGAGUAUUCUAAUUCAAGAUCUGUUUAUUGUAUUUAUUGAUAAGCAAAUCUAUCAUGCUUGAUUUAUUUUUUAGAGAGAGAUCUUGUGUAAACAAAUUCUGGAGUUGUCUUUUUUAAAAAAUUGUGUUUUGUAAAUAUAUACAGUUGGUUAUAGUGAGUUAUCUCCAGUUUACAUCAUUUUUGUUCUUUGCAGAACACUUCCUCAACAGAGAACACAUGUGUUUUACUAUACAUAUAGGUGUUCAAUCAACACAAGUGUUCUCUAUAUUGCUGUUUAACUAUACCAGUGUUCCAAAUACACAGUUCAUAUUCAGUAGAAAAUGUAGCAAUUGCUUUGGGUGUGGAUCAACAGUAGAUUUGGGCAUUCUGCAAGUUCAUAGUGAUAAAAAUACGAAAUAAUUGUGAAUUUGAAACUAACCAGAAGACCUGUAGAGCACAAUUAAUGUUUUAACCGCUGUAUUUGCGAUGUCAACCACAAAGAUUUGUUUACAACUCUAAUAAUGUUGACUGGUACUUGUCUUACGAACACCAAGUUUGUUUUGUGUGAUAUUAUUACUCUAAGCUUCACUUGAUUGGGUUGAUAAUUAAUAAAGUAUAUGAAAAAUUA